ACUAAAAAAAUACUAAACAUUAACAUAACAAACAGAUACAUACGACAAGAGUAAAAAUUUGUAAGUAAAGUGUUAAAGUAGCUUAUAAACUUAAUACUUAAUGGCCCAUAAUAGGAAAGAAGAAGAAGAAGAUAACCUCAUAUUGUGAUUGUGUGUUUAUGACUCUUAUGUCGUAAUUUCUAGUACUCAUCUCACAUGUCCUACUUGUCUCAAUCCUGAGCAAAAACAAUCAUAGUUGUGCUCAGUAUAUUAUCAAGGUUUGUGCUUGUGCACCUGUUUAGUCAAAGAGUUGGGCAAAAUAAAAAUUUCAAGCUUAUUAUUUUCUUGAGAGAAAUAAAUAAUCUAUUACCAUGAAAAGAUUAUCAGAGGAAAGGACAAAGAUUUUGUUUGAGAAACUAACGAAAUACAUUGGACCAAAUGUGAAGCUAUUAAUUGAAAGACCCGAUGGAUUAUACUGUUUCAGAGAAAAAAAGGAUAGAGUGUACUAUGUUUCUGAAAAGAUUUUAAAACUUGCCAAUACUGUACCACCAGAACAAUUAAUAUCAGUUGGAACAUGUUUUGGAAAAUUUACAAAAUCAAACAAAUUUAGGUUACAUGUAACAGCUUUAAACUAUUUAGCGCCUUAUGCACAGAGCAAGAUAUGGUUAAAACCUUCAGCAGAACAACAAUUUUUAUAUGGUCAUCAUAUCCCAAAGUCUGGAUUAGGAAGGAUAAGUGAAAAUACGGAAAAGUAUCAGGGAGUUGUUGUUUAUAGUAUGUCGGAUUUACCAUUAGGAUUUGGAGUAGCUGCAAGAUCAACGGCAGAAUGCAAACAUGCAGAACCUUUGGCAUCAAUUUGCUUCCAUCAGGCUGACAUUGGAGAGUAUAUCAGAUCAGAAGAAGAUUUAUUAUAAUAUUAGAAGACAAUUUUGUAUGUAAUAGUUAUAUGUAUAUUAAAUUUUGUUAAGACUUAAAUCACCCCACUGAAAAUAUUACUAUAGUAUUAAACGGUAAAUACAA